GCCACCCUCCCCCACCCCCCGACACCACCUCCCCACCACCACCACCACCAGCAGCACCGCGCGGGAGCUCGGCCAUGUAGAGAGAGGAGAGGAGAGGACGCCCACAUCUCCCUCAGCACUUUCUACACAAAGAGUGCCCCCUCUAGUGGCCACAGGCUGGACUGCGCCUCGACGGCCGCCGCCCGGCCCCCACGCCCCCCCUCCUCCUCGCGGCCCCCCCCCGCGGCCCCCCCUCCUGUUGCCAUGGCGUCGCGCAUCGGCCUGAGACUGCAGCUCAUGAGGGAGCAGCUCCAGCAGGAGGAGCAGAGGGAGCGACAACAACAACAACAGCAACAACAACAGCAACAACAACAACAACAACAGCAGGCGGCCAUGUUGUACCAGCAGCACCAACAACAACAACAACAACAACAACAACAACAACAACAACAACAACAACAACAGCAGCAUCAGCAUCAGCAGCAGCAGCAUCAGCACCCACAUCAGCAUCACCAGCAUCAGCACCAGAGGAUGCCCGGCCCCCCCGCACCCACCCCCGCCAUCAACGCCCCCCCUGCCCACAUCCAGGGCCCCAUGCAGGUUCCUAUGGAGGUCCUCAAGGUGCAGACUCACCUGGAGAACCCCACUGACUACCACAUCCGUCAGUCCCAGCGGCAGCAGGUGAAGGAGUACCUGUCCUCCACCUACAUCCCCAAGCAGGCGGUGCACGCCAUCUCCGGGGUAACCCUGGCCCCGCCCACACAGACGGUCGCCGCGACGACGGCCACGCCGCCCCUCCCCUCCCCCCGCAUGCGCACCGAGCAGCUCAUCGGCUCCGCAGGAAACAGCGCCCCCGCCAGCCCGAUGGCCAUGCUGAACAUCGGCCACGAGAACGAGAUGGAUGAGGUCAUUGAUGACAUCAUCAGUCUGCAGUCCAGCUACGAUGAUAUUCAGGCCUAUAUUGACCCGGUCCAGAUGCCAAAUACACUCCCCUUGUCCAGUAGCCAUCUGGACGUGUACACCGGUCCAGGGAUGACUGGUCCACCCAUCGCCAUGACGAGCAACUCCUGCCCCGCCAACCUGUCAAUCAAACGAGAGCUGUCAGAUGCAGAAGCCCGUGCAAUGGCCAAGGAGAGACAGAAAAAAGACAACCACAACCUGAUUGAGAGGAGGAGGCGUUUCAACAUCAAUGACCGUAUCAAAGAGCUCGGCACCAUGAUCCCCAAAACCAACGACCUGGACGUGCGAUGGAACAAGGGGACGAUCCUGCGUGCGUCGGUGGAGUACAUCAAGCGCAUGCAGAAGGACGUGCAGCGGAGCCGAGAGGUGGAGACCAACUUCAAGAGGAUGGAGAUGGCCAACAAGCAGCUGUGGCUGCGCAUACAGGAGUUGGAGAUGCAGGCUCGACUGCACGGGCUUCCCUGCACCUCCCCCUCUGGCUUCAGCAACGCCGAGCUGCUGGGUCCCUUCGUCAAGCAGGAGCUGAGUCCUGAGGAGAACCACCACCCUCAGCAGCAGCAGCAGCAGCAGCAACAGCAACAGCACCCUCACGGCCAGCAGCAGCAGCAGCACCCCCACCCCCAGGCCUGCCACCCCCACCCCCACCUCCAGCACCCCCAGGCCCAGGGCCUGCCCCCCUUGCCCCAGCACCUGCACCCCCAGCCCCCGCUGCAGUACCCGGCCGUGGGCAGCUCCCAGCACUUUGACUUUGCCCAGUCGCUGGACCUGUGCGACGGCAGCGGCGGGUACGUGGAUGGCAUGGGUGAGCUGGGCGAGCUGGGCACUCUGGGUGGCAUGGGCGGAGGAGGGAUGGGGAAGAAGAGUGACCUGGGCUUCAUGCUGAUGGAUGAGACGCUGUCGCCACUAGGGGGCGACCCGCUGCUCUCCGCCAUGUCUCCCGAGGCCUCCGUCGACAGCAGCCGCAGAAGCAGCUUCAGCCUGGACGACAGCGACAUACUGUGACACACACACACGCAGCAGUACACACACACACACACACACACACACACACACACAAAUAUAUUCACACACACACACACACACACACACAAACAUGCAUAUAAUCACACACACACACACACACACACAGAGUUUAGAAACAUAGCACAAUGCUCACACACUUAGCCAGGCAAAAUUAAACACACACUCACAAACACUAUAUGGUGUACACACACACACACACACACACACACACACACACACACACACACACAGAGUAAUGCAUGUGUGCUCACACUCUCAGCCACAGCCUUCAAAACACACAACAUUAUGCAAACUUCAGUAAACACACUAGGUAGACAUGAAUUACACACACACACACACACACACAUAUGAAAGCAAAGCAGUAAACUUUGCCCUUUCUGAUUCGUACAUCUGAUGUCAAUAAAUUCCUGAACGUACACAAAUAGACAAACAAACACCAAUGUCAAAACCACACUUGAACUCUCACCAUCGUGCACACACAUACACACGCACACACACACACACGUUUCUCUCUCCCAGUUUCUCGCUAUCUCAGCGU